AUGGCCGGGAGGACGGAUGAAACGGUCGUGCUGCUGACAGGGCUGCUGGCUGCACUGGCUGGUGCUGCCAGUGCUCUGGAGCCUGACUCCUCCGUUCAACACAUGCACGUCCCUGCCACGGCUUUGCACCUCCUGCAGAAUCUCGUGCAAAUCGUCUGUUCAGUCGCAACAAUUGCCACGGCGCUGCUCUGGUGGACGGGUGUCUCCCAAGCACAGGCCAGAGCGUGUGUGGUCCAGCAGGGCUUAGCGUUGAACGACGGGCUGCUGAAGCUGACAAGUGCAGCCAUUUCCUUCCUGGAAUACGCGGCCUCAACUUUCUAUCACAAAACCUUGGGUAUGUUCAAGAAGGAAGAGGAUCUAUUGCAGCAAGCCGGCGUGAGAGAAGGUGUGCCUGUUCGUUCAGGGCACCCGGGAGGCACUAGAGGCGCUGAGAGUGGCCGUGGAAUCUUGGAUAAGUGCACUUGA